CUGGCUUCCCCAGUCCUUCUCAGUGCCGUGGAGGGAGCAGGCUUGGAGCCUCAGAACUCUGCCCUUCUCUUCACCUUCUAUAGGGACCCCGCUUUCCUCCUCUCUAGGAGGCCAGAGCCCCAGGCUUCCUUCCCAGGAGGAGAGCCCUCUAGUGAAGGGAGAGUGAAGGGCAGAGGAGGCAGCUGCUGGAGGAGGGCAGGGCAGGGGCCAAGCCUGAAAGAGAGGAGCUGCCAGCCCAUGAGGGGUGAGCCGCCUGCACCCUGACCUGUGUGGGACCCCAGGGCCGUGGUCCACAAUCUUCUCAUUGGUGUCCCGGGACCACAUGGGGAUGCGGCUGUGGCUGCUCGUCUUCUCAACUCUGAGCCUCCAGGCCUGGGGGUAUUCCCCUCAGUUCUCCUGGAAUGAAACCCAAGCUGGAGACGUGACAGAGCGGCUUGUGGACCUGUUUGUGGGCAUCUCACAGCUCAUUCGCAAGGGUCACAAUGAGGUCCCCACCAUUGUUUCCCGCAAGGAGUGGGGAGCGAGAUCUCAGACUUGCUGGGCCCGGCUGACCCCACCGGUGGCCUACGUCAUCACACAGCAGCUCACGGGCAUGGAGUGCCAGCAGCAGGAUGUGUGCAGCGAGAAGCUACGGGCCCUUCAGUCCCAUUCCGUCUACACCAAAGGCUGGUGCGACAUGGCCUACAACUUCCUGAUCGGGGAGGACGGCAGGGUGUAUGAAGGCCUCGGCUGGAACAUCCAAGGCCUGCACACCCGGGGCUACAACAACGUCUCCCUGGGCCUCGCCUUCUUUGGCGCCAAGGAAGGCAGCAGUCCCAGCCCAGCUGCCUUAUCGGCAGCACAGGACCUGAUCUUCUACGCCAUCCGGAAGGGACACCUGUCACCCUGGUAUAUUCAGCCGCUUCUCUUGAAUGAAGAGAUGUGCCUAGCCUAUCAGCAGCCAGCAACGCCCAGGAAAGCUUGCCCCGGCAUCAUCCCCCGGUCAGCUUGGGAAGCCAGAGAGACAUACUGCCCUCGAAUGAGCCUCCCAGCCAAAUAUGUCAUCAUCAUCCACACGGCUGGAGCGACCUGCAACACGUCCGAGGACUGUAUGUCUCGCGUCCGAGACAUCCAGUCCUACCACAUAGACAAACUGAACUUCUGCGACAUUGGCUAUCACUUCCUGGUGGGCCAGGACGGCGGUGUGUACGAAGGCGUUGGCUGGAAUAUCCAAGGCUCUCACACCUACGGAUACAACGAUAUUGCCCUAGGAAUUGCCUUCAUGGGCAAUUUUGUGGAAAAGCCACCCAAUGCUGCAGCACUGGAGGCGGCCCAGAGCCUGAUCCAGUGCGCGGUGGACCAGGGAUACCUGGCUCCCAACUACCUGCUGGUGGGGCACAGCGACGUGAGCCAGAUUCUGUCUCCAGGGAAGGCUCUGUACGACAUCAUCAGCAGCUGGCCUCACUUCAAACAGUGAGGGCCCGGCAGGCUCGGGACAAGGAAGCCGCGAACGCGCCCCCUCCAUCAGCAAGGCCUCCUCAACAAACAGCGCUGCAUGGUCUGCAAUACUGAGCCCUCAGAGUGAUGUACUUGUCAUUGGUCUUAAAGACACAGCCAAAGGACACUCAGCACACAGCCUC